AUGGGUAUUCUAGUUAUCACCAAAUACCUAUUGCUCCCAAAGAUCAAGAGAAAACAACUUUUACUUGUCCUUAUGAAUUUGGAGAAGGUGUUAACAAGAUGCGAAGAAUCUAAUUUGGUCCUGGAUUGGGAAAAAUGUCACUUUAUGGUGAGUGAAGGAAUUGUUUUGGGGCAUAAGAUUUCAAGCAAGGGAAUAGAAGUAGAUCGUUCGAAGGUUUCAACAAUUGAGAACUUGCCUUCUACGAUUUCAGUUAAGGGUGUUCAGAGUUUUCUUGGCCACGCUGGAUUUUAUAGGAGAUUUAUUAAAGAUUUCUCCAAGAUUUCUAAACCCCUGUCUGCUCUAUUAAUGAAUGGAGUACAGUUUAAUUUUGAUGCUGAUUGUCAAAGAGCUUUCAAUACUUUGAAAGAGAAACUGAUUAUUUCACUGAUUGUGUUCACAAGGACAUACUUAAUUGGUAAUAAGGUUAUUGUCUACACAGACCAUUCUGCUAUUAAGUACCUUAUGACCAAGAAGGAUGCAAAAUCUCCUUUAAUUCAAUGGGUCCUUUUAUUGCAAGAGUUUGACAUGGAAAUUCAUGAUAAAAAAGGGAUAGAGAAUUUAGUUGCAGACCAUCUAUCUAGAUUGGAAUUAGAAGAAGAUCCUAAUAAGAAAAAUCUACAAAUUGAUGACAACUUUCCAGAUGAACAGUUAUUUUUUAAUGCUGAAGAAGAAAGGCUACCAUGGUUCGCAGAUUAUGAUGAGCCCAUUCUUUUUCGUCAUUGUGCUAACCAAGUAAUUAGAAGAUGCAUCCGAGAAGAAGAAAUGUUGUCCAUCCUUACUCAUUAUCAUACUUUGCAUUGUGGCGGUCAUUUCGGAGGAACAAGAACAGCAGCAAAAGUUUUGCAAUGUGGGUUUUAUUGGCCUACAUUAUUUAAAGAUGCUAAUGUCUUUGUCAAGAUUUGUGAUCGUUUUCAAAGAACCGGUAAUAUAUCAAGAAGAGAUCAAAUGCCAAUGACUGGUAUUCUAGAAGUUGAGUUGUUUAAUGUGUGGGGAAUAGACUUUAUGGGACUGUUCCCACCAUCUUAUAAUAACAAGUACAUUUUUCUUGCGGUGGACUAUGUUUCUAAAUGGGUAGAAGUUGUAGCAACUCCUAAUUGUGAUGGUAAAGAGGUACUUAAAUUCCUUCACAAAAUUAUUUUUACCCGGUUCGGUACUCCAAGGGCAAUUAUUAGUGAUAGAGGGAGUCAUUUUUGCAACAAGUCCUUUACUUCUCUUUGUGCUCGUAACGAAGUUCAUCAUCGAAAGGCGUUAUUUUACCAUCCACUUGCAACUGGUCAAGCUGAAGUGUCAAAUCGGGAGAUUAAAAGCAUCUUGGAAAAGACUGUAAAUACAUCAAAGAAUGAUUGGUCGAAAAAACUUGAUGAUUCACUUUGGGCUUAUCGCACAGCAUUCAAGACUCUGAUCGAGUUUCUGUGGAAAUUCUAG